CCAGUACAAGUCACAAACUGAGCAGGCCAAAAAUGUCUCUCUGGGUCACUUCAAACUCAGGGGAACUUGAAUAUGCUAAAUAGAAUGACUUGUGAAUGAGCCAAUAGAGAUGGCUAGGCAGACAGGGUACGUUGGGUUUUUUUCCUCACCAAUGGGAGGAGGGGGGGAGUGAACCAGAAGAUAUAAGCUCAGACAAAGCCAAGCUGUGCCUCUGAAUCGUUCACAUACACUGGAUAAGUAAGGAGAGAGGGGGAGAGAGAGAGAGAGAGAGAGAGAGAGAAAGGAAAGAGAAGGGCACAGAGAGAAAAGCAGAGUCAUGAUUCUAACAAUGGAAACUGAUUUUGACAAAGAAAAUUUGGUCAGGUAUAAAACUCCAAGGUUACUCCAACGAAGGAGGACACUAAGUUUUCAGAAAGAGUUUUCAUUUGAAGACAAAGAAGAGCUUGCAAACAGCACAAAGGAUAUCGAUGCCAGCCUUUUAGCAGUGCUUCCCAAAGUUUCUGAAUUAAGAAAACUCUUUGAACCAAACAGGCCGGACACCUUGGAAAUGAAAAGGAAAGAAAGGAUAGCUAGGCGUUUAGAAGGAAUUGAAAAUGAUGCUCAGCCUGUCCUUUUGCAAAACUGUCCUGGAUUGGUUACCCAUCGUUUGCUAGAAGAAGAUACACCAAGAUACAUGCGUGCAACCGAUCCAUAUAGUCCUCACUUUGGAAGAUCAAAUGAAGAAGAAACAUCGGAUUCUUCAGCAGAGAAUCAGCCUAGAUCCCGAUACCAAACAGAAUCCGCAGGAGGAAAAACCAAACCCCCUUCUUAUAGCCCAUUAGUCAUGGAUCCCCAGGGACUCGAGUCCAAGGCAGAAAGGAUAGCCAGGUACAAAGCAGAGAGACGACGCCAGCUGGCUGAAAAAUAUGGACUCUCAAUCGAUUCUGAUGUGGACUCAGAAUAUUCAUCCAAAUAUUCCAGGACAAGGAAGGAGCAAGAUGUGCCUGAGAAGAGGAUAAUGAAGAGUGAGAAGAAAGAGGACGAAUGUAGAGACUUCAGUUCUCUGUACUCUUCAAAAAUGGAGAGUAAGGAGAUGAAGAUUGCUGCAUCAGAUUCAAAGGAGUAUUCGGUGCAGGAGAGGGAAAGUUCUCCAGAAAGAGAAAAAUUACGUUUGAAUGAGGACAGUGAAAAGAAAUCCCCAGAGCUUAGUACAAUUAGAUAUGAUACACCUUGUGCGUCAGAAAAUUCCACAUCCUUCUCAUUUCUGGGCCAUGACUCCCCCCUAAGUGAAGUGCCAAGUUCGCCAAAGCAAAUUCGCAGAGCUUCUCUUUCCUCACCAAAGCAGAUGGUAACAACACAAUCAAGUCAUUCCCUCAGUGAUGCCAGAGUAGGUAGUUCAGGGAAAACGAAACCCGAUUGGUUUCUUCAGAAAGAUUCGGAUGGGGAACCAGCUUCACUUAUCAACUGGCCCUCCAGAGUAAAAGUUAGAGAGAAACUGGUGAAAGAGGAAAAUACUCGUGGAAGCCCUGAACUCGUAACAGACACUCAAAGAAAGAUUCGCCCAGUGCCUGUUAAUUUCGUGCCUCUUCAGUCAGAAACAUCUGCCUUCCAUAGGGUGGCCAAUCAGCCACUUGGUUUGCUCUGCCGACCAGUGCAUGGCUACAUCCAACCUGCAGGAAUUGCUCAUACAGCUAAGCUGGUGACUUCAGAAGAACGAGAAAGUUACUUGGAACCAGCUAAUGCUAACUUCUUAACCAGAUUCCCACUGGAUGCUUCUAUGGAUAAUGGAAAAACUGACUUGCCUCAGGUUCAUGAACCAUUGAAGCUCAAUUACUCCAGUUUGGAGAAUGAGCCGGAGAGACAGCCAAUUUUGCCUUCAGCGUUCCAUAGACAAGGGAAGAGCAGGGAGAGCCGCACAAGAGAAGGUGAUGCCGAGAUACUUCCAGUGAGCAAGCCAAAAUCUAUGGAACCUGAGAGAGAUUUAGAGCGCAUGAGGCAGAGGAUGCCUGGAGUUUUGAUGAAGACUCACGAGAGCACCGAAAGGAGUGAAAAAGUCAUGUAUCUCCAAAGCACUAAAGGGAAAGUUCAGGUUCGGGAAGAGAUUCCAGCGAGGCACAAAGUCCUUACUCGUUCCCUGUCUGAUUAUACUGGUUCUCCUAAAUUAGAAGUUUUCAAAAGUAAGGAGCAUGUUGCAAAGAAUGAGAUGGAAUUUCGGAGCACUGAAGGAAAAAUCCCUAACGGUGAAAUUACCAUGGUUGACACUAAAGUUUCUGUUGCUCAACUUCGCAAUGCCUUUUUGGAAACUGCCAGUGCCAGCAAGAAACCUGAACUUGAGUCUCAUUUUGAGAUGCCAACAUCAGGUACUGAUUUGUGUGGCAGUGCUGAACACGAAAGAGGGUCACGGAGGCCAAGACGCUAUUUUUCUCCUGGGGAAAAUAGAAAAACUUCUGAGAGAUUUAGGACUCAACCCAUAACUUCAGCAGAACGAAAGGAAACAGAUAGGUCUGCAUUCAGUCCAGAAAUGAUAGCUACUGAUGAUGAAGAGAAGCUGGAUGAAAGAGCCAAGCUGAGUGUUGCUGCAAAGAGGUUGCUUUUCAGGGAAAUGGAAAGGUCCUUUGAUGGGAAAGGUAUUCCUAAACCACGUUCAAGAAAUACUGCAGUGGAGAGGAGACUGAGGCGAAUGCAGGACAGGUCACGCACCCAGCCCAUUACAACUGAAGAAGUGGUCAUUGCAGCUACUGAACCUACCCCUGCCUCAUGUACUGUGAAUACCCACCCUGUAGUGGCAAGAAUACCUAAUCCCACUGUAGUUAAGAGCACUGUACAUCCUACCAGAUUGCAGGCAUCUGCACACCAAAAGACUUCUGCUAAAGAAGAAAUAAAAGAAGCCAAAGAUGCCCUCGAACAAGAUCAGCCUGGAGAACCAGACUCCUCUACCCUGACCCUGGCAGAGAAGAUGGCCUUAUUCAACAAGUUAUCUCAACCAGUGACAAAGGUAGUCUCUACAAGAACCAAAGGAGACAUUAGACAAAGGAGAUCAAACGCUCGAUACCAAACGCAGCCUGUCACGCUUGGUGAAGUUGAACAGGUACAAAGUGAUAGUGGGAAGAUAGCUCCUUUGUCUCCCACUAUUGUAACAUCCGUCUCCACCAUGGUCUCUGCCUUGUCGCCGGUGUAUAGUAAGGAUCUGCAUGUGAAGGCAGCUGAGGACGACCUGGCCAGUGAGAUCACUAAACCUGAUUUCAGGCACCACUCUUUAGUAGAUAAUGUGGAUACUUCAUUAAAAAACAUCCUGAAAACAGAACUGUGGCAGCCUUCGGUGGAAGUGAGAGAGAACAAGCGCCAGUCGAGGGAGUGUGAAGAGGCAGAGCCCAGGGGAUUUGUAAAACGUGAAGAGAAUGGUUUAAAAAAGCACAGUUCCUUUAAGGAAGAGCCCCCACAUCCUGUUUCUGAUAAAACGGAGGACUACAACAAAGAGAUUAAAUAUGCAUUCCCAAGAAAAAGCAGCAUGGAAUUGUUUAGCCCACAGCCUCACAGUGAGCCUGCUGAACAAAAGGAAUUGGUCAGCAACAUUUUGCAGGAGAAACGGGAAGCCAAAGGCCAGCUCUUUGAGGAUGUGAUGGAGUGUGAGGGAACCGGGGCACGACCGACCCAGCAGAGAGAGCAUGAUGCACCAAUUUCGGAACUUGUGGGAACAGCAGCAACAAAGAGCUUUUCUCAGUCUGCGGCUGUGGUAUCCUGUAGGCAGCAGGAAACCUCUGAGCUCUUGGAGGAGAAACAGAACUCCAGGGAGAGCAAAGCUGAAAUAACGGAAGACACCCUUGACGCAUCCAGCAAAACAAUGUCAAUUAAAGAAAGGAAUUCUGACAGAAUGGGUGCAAAGGCUACUGAUAAAGAUUGGCUUGCUCUCCUCAAGAAGAGUGGCGAAGAAGACUGGAAAAACAGGCUGAACAAAAAGCAGGAGUUUGGCCGGGUCUCUGUUGUUGAACGUAGCCCUCCGCUGCAAGAGAUGGAGCAGUUCACAAAGAAGGAAGAAGGAGGAAUUGCAGAUGAUAAUGCCAUGUCUAAACUGCUUUGGGAACCUGUCUAUGCUUCUACUUAUCCACCUGCUCUACCUGCUGGCCAUACACUUCAUCCCUUUGUACCUAUUCUUCAGCGAGUGUCGGAUGGUGGUGAAAGUCAAAUGACGAUUGAAGAAAGAAAGCAACUGAUCAGCGUUCGGGAAGAAGCUUGGAAGGCCAAGGGAAAAGGAGCAGCAAAUGACUCCACGCAGUUCACUGUGGCCGGCAGAAUGGUAAAGAAGGGCUUAGCCUCACCUACUGCCAUCACACCAGUGGCAUCCCCUUUCUGCAACAGAUUGAAAUCAACAACACCCAUUUCAAAACCCCUGGAAGAAAUUGAAGCUAGGCCAGAUAUGCAGUUAGAAUCAGACAUGAAGUUGGACAAACUGGAGACUUUCUUGGGAAGGCUGAAUAGCAAAGUUGGUGGAAUGCAAGAAACUGUUCUGACAGUCACAGGAAAAUCUGUGAAAGAAGUGAUGAAGUUAGAUGAUGAUGAAACGUUCUCCAAAUUUUAUCGUGUGAAUUACCCUACCUCUUCGUUGCCUUUGGAGUUAGAUGAGGACUUUGAUGCCAUAUUUGAUCCUGAUGCACCAAAGUUAAUUUCCUCAGUAGCAGAGCACAAGCGUGCAGUCAGGCCCGUGCGCAGAGCUCAGGCUUCCAGGAACCCCUUAAAAUUGCUUGCAGCAAGGGAGGACAUCCUUCAUGAGUAUACAGAGCAAAGGCUAAAUGUGGCCUUUAUGGAGUCAAAACGGAUGAAAGUUGAAAAAAUGUCUGCAAACUCAAAUUUCUCAGAAGUAGCACUUGCUGGCUUAGCAAGUAAGGAGAACUUCAGCAGUGUUAGCCUGCGUAGUGUCAAUCUAACAGAACAGAAUUCAAACAACAGUGCUGUGCCAUAUAAGAAGCUGAUGCUUUUGCAGAUCAAAGGAAGAAGACAUGUUCAAACAAGAUUAGUCGAACCAAGGGCUACAUCGCUUAACAGUGGGGACUGUUUCCUGUUACUCACCCCCCAUUACUGCUUCCUGUGGGUAGGGGAGUUUGCAAAUGUCAUAGAAAAAGCAAAGGCUUCAGAACUUGCAACUUUAAUUCAGACAAAGAGGGAGCUUGGCUGUCGAGCUUCGUACGUGCAGACCAUAGAGGAAGGGAUCAAUACUCACACUCACGCCGCCAAAGACUUCUGGAAACUACUCGGCGGUCAAACAAGUUAUCAGUCUGCUGGAAGACCAGAAGAAGACGAAAUGUAUGAAGCUGCAAUAAUAGAAACAAAUUGCAUUUACCGAUUAGUUGAUGAUAAGCUAAUUCCUGAUGACGACUACUGGGGAAAGAUGCCAAAGUGUACUCUGUUAAAUUCAAAAGAGGUCUUGGUGUUUGAUUUUGGUAGUGAAGUAUAUGUUUGGCAUGGGAAAGAAGUCACACUCGGACAAAGGAAAGUGGCAUUCCAGCUGGCCAAACACUUAUGGAAUGGUACCUUUGACUAUGCCAACUGUGAUAUCAAUCCUCUAGAUCCUGGUGAAUGCAACUCCCUUAUUCCAAGAAAAGGACAAGGGAGACCAGACUGGGCUAUUUUUGGCAGGCUCACAGAGCACAAUGAAACGAUACUGUUUAAAGAGAAAUUUCUUGAUUGGACUGAACUAAAGAAGCCUGCUGAGAAGAAUUCUAGUGAAUCCCCCCUUAAGGAAGAGACCAAGUCUGAUGCUAAGCCAUAUGAUGUCAUGCGAAUGGUACCUUUGCCUGAGACGACCGUUGGCACAGUCUUGGAUGGGAUGAACAUUGGCCGUGGCUAUGGGUUGAUUGAAGGAGAGGAUAGGAGGCAGUUUGAAAUCAUCACUGUCUCUGUGGAUGUCUGGCACAUCUUGGAAUUCGAUUACAGCAGGCUCCCAAAGCAAAGCAUUGGGCAGUUUCACGAAGGGGAUACGUAUGUUGUGAAAUGGAAGUACCUGGUGAGCACUUCAGUUGGAAGCAGACAAAAGGGAGACUUGCAGACCCGGGUUGUUGGCAAAGAGAAGUGUGUGUACUUCUUCUGGCAAGGGAGACAUUCCACUGUCAGCGAGAAAGGAACGUCUGCGUUGAUGACGGUGGAGCUGGAUGAAGAGAGAGGGGCUCAGGUGCAAGUUCUUCAAGGGAAAGAGCCCCCAUGUUUUCUGCAAUGUUUUCAAGGUGGAAUGAUUGUUCAUUCUGGGAGAAGAGAAGAAGAAGAAGAAAACACUCAGAGUGAUUGGCGAUUGUAUUGUGUACGUGGAGAAGUCCCCCUUGAAGGGAACUUGCUUGAAGUUGCCUGUCACUGUAGCAGCCUACGGUCCAGGACCUCGAUGAUUGUCCUCAACAUUAACAAAGCCCUCAUUUACUUGUGGCAUGGCUGCAAAGCCCAGCCACACACUAAAGAAGUAGGAAGAACAGCAGCCAAUAAAAUAAAGGAACAAUGUCCAUUGGAAGCAGGAUUGCACAGUAGUAGCAAGGUAACAAUACAUGAAUGUGAAGAAGGGUCGGAGCCAAUAGGAUUCUGGGAUGCCUUAGGAAGGAGAGACCGAAAAGCUUAUGAUUGUAUGCUGCAAGAUCCCGGCAAGUUUAAUUUCACACCCCGCCUAUUCAUCCUUGGUAGUUCGUCAGGGGAAUUCUUGGCCACAGAAUAUAUAUAUCCGUCAAGAGACCCCUCUGUGGUCAAUUCUAUGCCAUUCUUGCAAGAAGACCUCUACACCGCUCCUCAACCAGCCCUCUUCCUUGUUGACAAUCACCACGAAGUGUAUCUCUGGCAAGGCUGGUGGCCUGUGGAAAACAAAAUAGCUGGAUCUGCCCGAAUCCGGUGGGCUUCAGACAGGAAAUGUGCCAUGGAGACUGUCCUUCAGUACUGCAAAGGAAAGAAUGUGAAGAAACCUCCUAAAUCUUACCUAAUUCAUGCUGGGCUUGAGCCUCUGACAUUCACAAAUAUGUUUCCCAGUUGGGAACAUAGAGAAGAUAUCGCUGAGAUCACUGAAAUGGAUGCUGAAGCUUCUAAUCAAAUCAUCCUUGUAGAAGAUGUACUGGCCAAACUAUGCAAAAAGCUGUACCCAUUGGCUGAUCUCCUAGCAAGGCCUCUCCCAGAGGGAGUGGACCCCUUAAAUCUUGAAAUCUACCUUUCAGAUGAAGACUUUGAGACUGCAUUACAGAUGACAAGAGAAGAAUACAAUGCACUGCCUUCCUGGAAACAGGUGAACCUCAAAAAGGCAAAAGGACUUUUCUAAGCAGCGUGUUGGUUGCAAUCAAGGGCUAACCCUACAGUGGAAUCUGCCGACAUUUUCAACACCUCUUGGAACGAGCAGCAGCACAACAAACUAAAUCCAAUGCAUUACCGUCUGUUCUAAUGCCAAGUAAUAUUGUAAAUGUAUGUGAGGACUCUCUGGUGAACUCUUUUCGGGGGGGUGAGGAGGGCGGGGGGCUUGAAUGUUUGGCCAUGUUUAUGAAUCAUGUUCUUCUUCGUACUUUUAGUGGUAAGUUUCUCAGACCGCUGCUGCAACGCGUCUUUGGGCUACGAACACUACUUGCCAUUUUGGGUUUUGGAGAUGUUCCCUUUGUAAAGUGUUAUUUUGUUAAAGCUGUGGAUUUUCAAAAAGAAUUUAUAUUUAUAUAAAAACACACAGAACAAGGGUGUAUUUAACAAUGCAAUGUGUAGUAUUCACUUUCAAGGUGUCUUUUGGAAAGAAAAGUAGUGGGACAUUGGGGUUGCUUGUUCCGGACUAGUUAAACCACCAAUGUGUGUUUGUGUGAUCUCUCUCUCUCUCUCUCUCUCUCUCUUAUUGUGAACGAUUUCUCUUCUUAAUAGUCAAUAACUUGGUCUCAGUGCUGAACAAAGCAUUGUCACACGGGUUUUCUUGGGAAACUCUCUCUGAAUCCAUCUUUAAUAAUCCCAAAAAUGUAUAGUGCCUUGGUUUUUUUUUGUGUACAGUUUAUAUACAAAAAUAAUGGUCUGCUUUUUGAAGAUGGCUCAGAACAGUCUCCUGUGCUCUACUUUUAUAAUAGUAGGAAUUUAUGAAAUCCAUCUCAGUUUCUAGUAACUCCUUGCAACAUAAACUGUCUUUUGUGAUAAAGACUUAAAGCAAAGCUUCAGAAUAAACUCCUAGCAAUGCA